AAGUAAAAACCCAUGAAAGGCGCUGACCCACAGCCUGGCUGGACUUUUGCUUAUGGUUUUUAUUCCCAGAAUCAGCUCUCGGCUUCGUCUUCAUCUCUUCUGUGUUCGCACUGAACAUGCUCCACUGUCUGAAGCCCUUUGACGUGCAGAACGGAGGUUUCUGCUUUAAAAACAGCCGCAGGAAUGCAGUGUUGGAGUCUAAUUUGUCAGAGCUCGGAUACAAAGCUCCCAGUGCCAGGAAAACAGGGACCACCAUCGCUGGGAUUGUUUACAAGGAUGGAGUGAUCCUGGGAGCCGACACCAGGGCUACAGACGACAUGGUGGUGGCUGACAAAAACUGCAUGAAGAUUCACUACAUCGCUCCAAAGGUCUACUGCUGUGGGGCCGGCGUGGCUGCAGACGCAGAGAUCACCACACAGAUCAUGGCGUCCAACGUGGAACUGCACAUGCUCAACACUGGGCGACCUCCACUUGUCGCCAUGGUAACCCGACAGCUGAAACAGAUGCUGUUUAGGUACCAGGGUCACAUUGGUUCAUCUCUGAUUGUUGGAGGAGUUGAUAUGACCGGAGCUCACCUCUACGGUGUUUAUCCACAUGGCUCCUAUGACAAACUGCCUUUCAUCACCAUGGGUUCUGGAGCUGCAGCUGCUGUCUCUGUAUUUGAGGACAGAUUCAAGCCAAACAUGGAGCUGGAGGAGGGGAAGCAGCUCGUACGAGACGCCAUCGCUGCGGGAAUUUUCUGUGACCUGGGCUCAGGCAGCAAUGUAGACUUGUGUGUUAUCACCGAGGCUGGAGUGGAGUACCUGCGAGCCUACGACAAGCCCGCAAUCGCGGGCAAGAGAGAGGGAAAGUAUAGGUAUAAGCCCGGCACCACAGCCGUCCUGACCAAAACUGUGACCCCGCUCGGCCUGCAUGUGGUCGACCAGUCUGUUCACAUCAUGGACACUGAAUAAAACAGAAUAAAGGGCUCCUGCUGGAAUAAAAUCUAGUCAGUAUGUGGUAAUAAUAUAUCAGUGUACUGGUAAAGAAACACCAGCGUGGUGACAGGAUGUAGGGAAGGUUGUUUAUUGUAUGUAAAGCAUCAUUGACUGUUAAAAUCAUUUUGUAA